GCCGAAACCUCUCCGAAGCAAUCUUUCGGGGCGGAAGUUAAGAAGCCCCGAGGGGGAGGUGGCGGAAGUGGCUGCGUUGCUACUGGCUCAUGCGCAUGCGCUAUUCUUUCUGGUUUCCUCUCUUCAGGCGCUGCCUUUUUUCUUCUCUCCUUUUCUCCACGUGAGGGGGUACGCAUACCCGCAGUGGUCGUCGUGCGCUCAGCGCUUCUGCUCUCUUGGCUCCCUCACGAUGGCGGGCAUCCUGUUUGAGGAUAUUUUCGAUGUGAAAGACAUUGACCCGGAGGGCAAGAAAUUUGACCGAGUGUCUCGACUGCAUUGUGAGAGUGAAUCCUUCAAGAUGGAUCUCAUCUUAGAUGUAAACAUCCAGAUUUACCCUGUAGACUUGGGUGAUAAGUUCCGGUUGGUCAUAGCUAGUACCUUGUAUGAAGAUGGUACCCUGGAUGAUGGUGAAUACAACCCCACUGAUGACAGGCCUUCCAGGGCUGACCAAUUUGAGUAUGUAAUGUAUGGGAAAGUAUACAGGAUUGAGGGAGAUGAAACUUCUACUGAAGCAGCAACACGCCUCUCUGCCUACGUGUCCUAUGGGGGCCUGCUCAUGAGGCUGCAGGGUGAUGCCAACAACCUGCAUGGAUUUGAGGUGGAUUCCAGAGUCUAUCUGUUGAUGAAGAAACUGGCCUUCUGAACUACGAGGGAAGCCAGCCUUGAUGCUUAGUCACUCAGAUCAUGGACAUUGGUCAACCUGUGUAACAGAUGCUGUUGUUCACCCGUUAAGGAGAGGCUGGCCACCUUUCUCCUGUGGGUGCAUCUUUAGCUGGUCUGGACUCAAUGGGAAACUGACUUGCCUGUGAAAGACCCAGCGGGAGAGCUUAAAAUGAAUCAGAAGUCGUUUUGUGUAUAUGAUUUUUUAAAUUAAACUUUACUUUUUUCAGACUGUAUCCCCUUUUUUAAAAAAAUCCAUUUACUUUAAAUUCACUUUUUUCCAGUU